CAACAAUUCAACAAGAUCCACCGAGUGAUAUUGCCCCAUCAACAACUUGUGAGACACCUUGCAGAAGAUAUCAACACAAGAAGCUCACACGAUCCACUGCAGAACUCAUAUCUCAGCAAUUUAUCCAUCAUGGUCUACACAAUCGUCGUUCACCUCUACGCCAAGGAUGACCAGGAGUGCAUCGAUAAGCUUUCGGCCAAGCUCAUCGAGGCUAGCCGGGUCUACUCCAAGGAUCAGGAAACCAUUUCCUGGUUUGUGAUGCAGGACAUCAAGGAUCCCCGUGCCUUCACAAUUGUUGAGCGAUAUGAGCAAGAGAGCAGCCAGAAAUAUCACCUCGAGAACCCCUACUGGAAGACCUUUGAUCCUUACGUCAUUCCCCUGUUGGAGAAGCCCAUGGACCUCAGGAGACUGGAGGAGCUUGAUACCAGCAAGGAUGUUGUCGUCCCGCAGUAA